AUGUUUCUAAAACCUAGUCUACCAAAUAUUUGCAAAUUAAAUAUAUUUCUUAUAUCUGUUGGUUUCACAUUACCAUUUGCAGUCUCCAUGAGGGAAUCAAUAAUAAACAAUAAAUUGAAAAAUUCUCAAGGAUUACAAGUUAAAGGUAGAUCAAGACCAAGAAUACUUUGUUGA